CCCUAGUCGCAGUCCAACGUUCACCAGUGUAACCCUUCCUCCUGAAGAGCGAGGUUUUAUAUUUCACAAGAGAAGUGUGAGACUCCAUUUCUAAACACUGGGCUCCAAAUGAGAAGGCUCAAAAAUAGUAUAAAAAGAUCUUUGCGUUUUUACCCUAGGACCCUUCUUGCCCUGAGAAGAUGCCGACAGCGAAGAAAACACUGACGUUCUUCUUCAGCUUCGUCAGCGGCCUGGGGGCGUUCGUCGUCCUUUGCUCUGUUCUGGCGACUCAGCAAUGGAUCCGCAGUACCAUCGCCAUCAGCGACUCUUCUUCGAAUGGUAGUGUGAUCAUCACCUACGGCCUCCUUCGUGGGAAGAGCAUUCAAGAACUGAAUCACGGACUUGCAGAAUCAGACAAAAAUUUCGAAGUUUUAGGGACACUGAACAAUUCUUCCGCGAAGACUCUGCACUCGGUGGUCCUCGUGUUCCUGGCCCUUGGCUUGUUCAGUUCGCUGCUGAGCGCCGGGUUCACCUUCUACAACAGCGUCAGCAACCCCUACCAGACGUUCCUGGGGCCGAUGGGGGUGUACACUUGGAGCGGGCUCAGCGCAUCCUUCACAUUCAUAACCAUGGUACUCUUUGUGGGGAACACACAGUCCAAUCAUCUCUCGGAAGAGCUGGCCCAGAGGCUGUACCCGCUCUAUCCAGCGUCCACUCAGCAAGGGACGUCCCACGCUUACGGAUACUCCUUCUGGCUCACCCUGCUGGUCAUCCUCCUAAACGCAGUCACCGCGGUCAUCGUCAUCUUCUACCAGAAGGCCAGAUACCGGCGGAAGCAGGAGCGGAGGAAGCCCAUGGAGUCUGCGCCGAGGGAUGGGAUUUUAUUCUGAAGUCCGUGUCCUCGUUGGGGGCUAGGUCUACUCUGUCAUUCGCCGGCUCUCAGAGCAGUAACUGGCUGUGUGGCCGUGUCCGACCGAGACUCAGUGACAGGUUCGCAUCUCAUAACACUGCGUUCUUCAUAAAUGAUGCACCCUUGACAGAGGACGCCUCCCGUGAGGGUG